CGCUGUUUCCAACAGCUGAUAUCCACAUCGGCGAGAGAGAGAAACACGAUGGGACAGUACAUGUUUUGGGUCAGCAGCAACAGCACAGGGAUUUAAAGCGACUGAAAAUGCAGCGUGAGUGUCGCAGCGGACCGCCAGCAUCCGUGAUGAGGAUUUGAGCUCCGCUGCCAUCACCCCGGAGAGGAUGGCUUUCCAUGGAUCCACUCAGCCGACAUUGUGUGGUAACUUGUUCCCAGGAUCAGAGCUAGGCCACAAGUUUUUUUGUGUCAACCCCACGACUGGUACUACCUCAACGAGCCUCAGCGCAACGCCAAACCCGACUGGACCCAACGCACCUGCUGGGACUCCCAGGCACCCGGUAUCUCUCGGGGGCAGCGCAGGCGGAGGUGCGGCCAUCCCACAACCUCGCAGUAACACGGCAAGUGAGGUUCCAUGUCCAGCUGAAAUGGAGCCCGAUCGACCGAUCGGUUAUGGCGCAUUUGGGGUGGUCUGGUCUGUGACGGACCCUCGGGAUGGGCGCAAGGUGGCUCUGAAGAAAAUGCCAAAUGUCUUCCAGAACCUGGUGUCCUGCAAGCGUGUGUUCAGGGAACUCCGGAUGCUGUGUUUCUUUAAGCAUGACAACGUUCUGUCUGCCCUUGACAUCCUCCAGCCUCCACAGAUUGACUGCUUUGAAGAGAUAUAUGUGAUAACCGAGCUCAUGCAGAGUGACCUGCAUAAAGUCAUAGUUUCCCCUCAGCCUCUCACCACCGAUCACAUCAAGGUGUUCCUCUACCAGAUACUCAGGGGACUGAAGUACCUGCACUCUGCAGGCAUUUUGCACAGGGACAUCAAACCAGGGAACCUUCUGGUCAACAGCAACUGUCUGCUUAAGAUUUGUGACUUCGGUCUGGCACGAGUGGAGGAACCAGACCCAAAUCGUCACAUGACCCAGGAGGUGGUGACACAGUAUUAUCGUGCUCCGGAGGUCCUGAUGGGAUGCCAGCAUUAUAACUCAGCUAUAGAUGUCUGGUCUGUGGGCUGUAUUUUUGCAGAGUUGCUGGGCCGACGCAUUCUUUUCCAGGCUCAGAGCCCCAUACAACAGUUGGAUCUGAUCACUGAUCUCCUUGGGACUCCUCCGCUUUCUGCCAUGGCAUCGGCAUGUGAAGGAGCUCGGGCACACAUUCUUAGAGGACCUCACAAACCACCAUCACUGUCUGUUCUGUACAUGUUGUCGGAUGGAGCAACACAUGAAGCGGUUCAUCUUUUGUGCCGCAUGCUAGUCUUUGAUCCGGCCAAGCGGAUCUCAGGCAAUGAUGCUUUGUCUCACCCAUACUUGGACGAGGGUCGUCUGAGGUACCACACCUGCAUGUGUAAUUGCUGUUACUCCGUUCCCAGUGGGAGGGUUUACACCCGAGACUUUGAGCCACCUGCGGAUCGACCUUUCAGCCACAACUAUGAACAGAGCAUGCACUCUGUUUGGCAGGGCAAAGAGCUCAUCCAUCGUUUUGUAACAGAGCACCAGCAAGGCAAACGAGUGCCUUUGUGCAUCAAUCCUCAGAGUGCAGCCUUCAAAACCUUCAUUAGAUCUACUGCCUGGCAUUCCUCAAAAGUAUCAAGGAAAGAAGAGAGAUGAGAAGGAUUUUGUAGUGAUUUUGGGAAAAUGGAAAACCGGAGCAGGCUUGUAUUGGAGAUGGUUGAAGAUGGUUCUUGAUGGACGACAUGCUUUUGUAGGAUUUCUCAGCACUCUUUCCAAGUCAACAUGGGGAUUUCUCCAAAAACACAUUUUCAAUCCAGUUCCAUUUUCACAACUCGGAUUAAGAUUGCUUCUGAUGAUGCUGAGAACAUUUUAUACCCAGUAUGUUGUUAAAGAUUAUGGGAAAUUGAGUUUUCCACUGAAAAAUCACAUGGAUUGUAAAAUAUUGACUCAAUGCGCAACAGCAAUGUUGUGCAAUACAGAUAUCCAGAAUAAUGCAACCGACCAAACUGCGCUGAUGAUGAUUUCACUGGGCUUUGUCACAGAUGAGAUGACUGUGUCCACAAGCCCAUUGCAUCACCCCAGAGGCCAUCCACAUGUAUCUCCAAACUCUGUCUGUAGACUUUUAUCACUGUGUUCCGUUUGCGGGUUCUUAGGUUUUAUUCUUAAUAUUCUGGCAACCAAAAGUUUCUUACACUUCUUAAUUUGUUACUACUUCCUCAUACAAUUUAAGCAUUCCCUGCUUUCUGUUUAACAUCACUCAAUUUUUUAUGAAAGUACAUUCUUACUGUUAUUUUUGGUUUGUUUGAAACGUACAUUUUUGUUCUUGCAGAUUUUGUUCUAACCUCAACACUUCUGGUUGAGAACUUCGCAUCUUUUGUGCGAAACGUUAGUUAUAGAGUUGUAUUCGAACGCUUUAUAUGGGUGACGGUGUCUGUUUGAAUGGAUGUACAUGCUUUUAGAGCAUUUUCUUAAUCUAUGGAAUACAACAUUAUGUCAUUUACAACAGAAUUCUCCACCUGAAUCAUCUUCCCAAUGGUUCCACCUCCUUUUUAGGACCAAACGAGAUCCACCAGUAUCCCAUUCUCUGAUUGGCUGAGGCUCUGUUGGUGGAGAAGAUACAAGUUUUCUGGUUGAAUUGUAUUUAAUUUCUCUUUAAUUUAUUGUCAUCUUGUCCAUUUUGUUUGGUGUUUGUGUUAGGAAGACCAGGUGUGACCACUUCAUGGAGGCAUGAGCGAGCCAUGUGGUCUGUGUGUGUUUUUGAAAAACUGUGUUUUCGGAGAGUUUAGGGAAUGUGCAGUGUUGUACUUUGAAAUAUUCCAUUACCUCAAUAGGCCCAUGCUUCACUGGGCUGGUGUGCAUAGACUGAAUCCAAUCAUUUAUAAGCAAUGCAGUUGUGUGACGUCAGAACCACUCCACUGAACCACAAUCUCUCUCCCUCUCUCUUUAUCCCUUAGUCUUUCUCUUUAUCUCUGGAUCAUUCUGUCUUUCUCUCCUUUAGAACAGGGGAUUGUUGGGACGGUGGCUGAUGGGUGAGUUUUAGAUGCUGCUGCUGUUUAUUUGUCUAAUACCUCCAAAACCUCCCCAACAAAUUUUUAAAAGUAAUACGUCUAGAGCUCAGGUUUUAUAUUGCAUAAUGUGGACUAGACUGUAGACAGACUAGACGUAUAUCCAGAAGGACUUACUGUAGAUAUAGGCAGUCUCUGGUGCUCUGCUUAUUGCAGAAGGCGCAGUACAAAAAAGCGUCCAGUACUGUAAGUGCUUGCCUCCUACCACUAGGUGUCAUGGGCACAAUGGAAUAAAAUCAUGGGGCAUGAUUGGAUGCAUCAAGGGCGAUCUUCAUCAAAAAUGUAUCUUUAAUGCAUGUGUGUUAGACCUUAAUUUGGAUUUGCAAUUGCAGUGCAUUAGGAGUUUUAUUUUAGAAACUUUAAAUGUGCUGUUUGCUAUUUAAUUUUAUUAUAGGAACACAUUUGGUUCUUUUAGGAUUUUUGUUUCCAUGUAUUGUGACCAAUUUUAGGCUUUAAUUUUGCUUCUUAAGUUGAUGUUGUUUUAUGACCACAUUUGCUAUUGUGUUGGUAGAAAACUAAAACUAGCAGAAUAGUGACAGAGAGGAAUGAAUAUCAAUGGGUUGGCUAAGUCUUGUCUUACCGACUGCCAAGCAGAAAGUGAACAUUUAAGUAAAUGGUGAAUUCCUUUUCCUGUCAGAUAAUAGAUGUUAGACGUUUUUAAGAUGAAGCUAAAAACUUGAUAUUCGUGUUAAUGACUAUUAUGGCUUUGAUAAUAUGGUUGAACUGUUGGGAUAUCAUUGUUAACUGUUUCAUUAGAUUUAAUUUUUUUUCUUUUGUCUUAUGCAUUUUAAAAGAAAAAAGUUUUUGGUCUUUUCUGUUCCCAACACAUACUUGAAGUUUUUAAGAAAAAGAAAGUGGAUUAGGCUAAAAUUGACAUUAAAGAGACAGACA